GUGAUACACUAAAUGAAUGGAUUAAGAAUACAAUAAACCUGAGCUGCAUUAAAUGUUCGUGUGUUAAUAUUUUGUUUGCCAUACACACGAAAAAAUGAAAGUUGCAGAAUUAACUGAUGAUAAAGAUAUUGGACAAACAUACCGUGAUGGCAAAUUGCGAAAAGUUAUAGAAACGGGCGCGCUUGUUGUUUCAUGGAUAGUUAUGGGGAUGUACGCUGAAGUUUCUGGACCAAAUUUAAUUGAUUUAAAGUAUAGAUUUAACACGGGGUAUGAGGAAUUAGCGUCUGCAUUAUCAGCAAGAGGGGCAGGCUCAUUUCCUGGCUGCAUUGUUGGAGGUUUAUUGGUUGAUAAAUUGGGAGGAUGGAGUCAUUUAACGGUCGCAGUCACUCUUGAUGUUGCUGCUGUUGCUGUGAUUCUAAUACCAUGGGUUCCAACUGUAGACUAUAUUUGGAUUCUUUGUUUUAUUAGUGGUUUCGUGCAGUCCAUUCAUAAUUCAGCGGGAACACUUAUAGCUUUAAACAUUUGGAAGGACAAAUCGGCAUCGCCAUUGAUACUGAUACAUCUUGGCUACGGAAUAGGGUCUUUCUUUAUGCCAUUAUUGUCUGAUCCUUUUCUUGGAACGAUGAUCCCAUUCUCCUCAAAUAACACUAUUCCAUCCAAUGGCACCGGUAAACUUAGAAACCUCAAUGUUUCUGUCAUUGAACCAUCAUCAGAUUCUACGGACAAAUAUUACAUUGAAAAUUCAAGAAUUGAAUAUCCAUUUGCCAUGUCUGGUAUUGCAACAGCAAGCCUGUCGAUAAUAUUCUUCGCAUUUCAAAUAAUUGAAAAUAAAUAUACCAAACAUGGAAUGGACAAUCAUGCAGCAAAAGGGGAAAUGGCAAUUCCAAAUAGUGAAUUGCCAAGUACAGAUAAUGAUAAUGGUUCCAAGUCAAAGAAAGUAAAUUCAGAGAUCAAUAGCGAAAUGAAAAGAUCAAAAUGGGAAAAAAUAAAACAACUAAUUCAAUUGAUAAACCCGGCAUCUUGCGCGAAUGGAAGAUUUUGGUAUGGAUUCAGUAUAAUCUUUCUGAUGUUUUUUUAUUUUGGAAAUGCCGGUGGUGGACAAUUUAUUGUCUCUAACUUUGUUAGAAGCUACUCUAUUGAUCAGCUUCAAUUUUCUUCGGAGAAUGGAACUUUGAUAAAUACAAGCUACUGGAUAAGCUUUUCCAUAGGCCGCUUCUUAUUCUUUAUCUUUGCAAAAUGGAUGUCUGUAAAGAUUCUUAUUUUUGUUGAAGCAUUUGGUGCUACUUUAUCCGCUGUACUGAUGGCUAUAUUUGCAGAUGAAAGUUCAAUUGCACUAUGGGUACUUAUCCAACCAAUUGCAUUCUUUUGGGGUCCAGUGUGGCCAACAGGUGUUGCUUGGACAGACUAUCAUAUGGUGCUAACUGGUAUGGGGAUGACUUCUCAGAUGCUUGGAGCAGCUUUAGGGGGAAUGUUUCAUAUGCGUUUAAUUGGCUAUCUUUACGACAAUAUCGGUCCAAAGACAUACUUAUAUCAUGCUGCUGGGAGUGCGGCCUUUGGAUUGAUUUUAGCAAUAGCUUUGAACGCUAUUGGGGCGAGACAUGGAAACCGGUUUGCAACAGAAGUUGAAGAAUGUGUUGACGAACAAAAUGAAACGGAUAAAAAUUCAAACGACUUAGACGGCAAAAUGUCAACCAGGCUCUAGAGUAACUGACUAUUGAUUGAAUACCAGUGCUAUAGGCUCUGUUAACAACAAUUUGCUUUCCUGAUAAACAUACUUUAUCAAAUUAAAUUUGAGUCGACUUUUAAGCGGAACAUCUCUUUGAAUAUCUUUUUUUCUUUUAAGUCUCAAAUAAAUGACGGUUUGACAUUUAUUGAUAAACAUUUUAGAUGAAAGACCUGUAAGAAGUUGUAUUGUUCUAAAUGUGACAUUAAUAGUUUAAAUAUGCAAGAGGAUGUACACUAUUUUAAAUUUCUUUAAAAGAGCUACGACAAACAAACUUCAAAAGCUAAACUGGAAACUUACCAACUAACGAUCAGAAGAAAGGGUGAUCCCAUUUAUGCAUUAAUCAAAAUAAACUUGCAGACUUGGUUUGACUAAGUUUGUACUAAGACAUUGUUGCGCCAUCUAUCUUAUUACAUGUUCUGUAAUCAAUGGUUUGGACUAUCUCUUGUAAUAACAGGGGUAAAUUUGAUUUUCUGGUCCACAUUUGACGUAUUCGCAAAGAAGUGUAUCAACUUAAUAGCAAAGAAAAGCAUUUACUUCUCUAUAUCCUUCUUUGAGUAAGAUAAAAAAGUAUCAUUUGGAAGUGUUGUUCCACUGAAAUUUCUUGAUUAAAUAUAUAGAAAUGCUAAGGUAAGGAUAACAUUUCUCUAGGGAAACAUUCUU